AGCUCUCCGAUACGCACGGGCACGGGCGCACGACAAGCGGGAACGGACGAAUAGAUGCGCGUGCACCAGCGGGAGUCGCAGAGAUGUCGCGAAUUUCGAAUCGCGUCGCCACGAUUGGCGCGGCCCUCGCCAUUGUUUUGCUCGUGAUACUCCUGGUGAUCCUGUGGUCGGACGUGCGCAACGUGGACAGGAUCGAGAAUCUCGGCCGGAUACGGAAAAAUUCGACGGUCGACCGUGUCGUCGACGAAGCGAGGACGAGGCAGUUCGGCGGCCUGCGCAUCUCCACGACAGAUCUGAUUACGACGUUCGAGUCCAUCGAGCAGAAUCUCACGAACGAGGUGCUUCCUGAGGGAAUACAAAGUACAAAGGAAUUCAAUAGCACGGCGUCGAUCGAUGUGUUGCCGUCCGCUAAGGGCAAUCUGGAGUACGUCAAGCCUUUAAAAAUUAGUCAAAAUCAGUAUGAAGAUCCACCGGAGCAGUUUUCCACGGCGAAGAGGCAUCACAGUGGCCACUUCAGGCACGCGACGGCCGAAGUCUGGGACCCUCACCCGCAGUACGAAUUUAACGCCUUUGGAAGACGAUUUCGCUUGCGAUUGGCACACGACGCCAGUUUCGUAGCUCCCGACAUAAAGGUGACACACAUGAGCGAGAACACGACCAGGAGGGAGCACGCCGGUCACCACUUGGGCUGCUUCUACAGCGGGUCAGUCGACGGCGAUCCAAGUUCAGCGGUCAGUGUCAGCCUUUGUCACGGAAUGACUGGUCACAUGAAGACGUCGAUGGGCAGCUACUUCAUCAAGCCCACCGAACAUUGGCACGAGGAUGACAAAGAUUCUCUUGGAUCUUCGUUAGAGCACGCGAUCUAUCGCGUACCCACGGCUGCGAUCAAUUUGAACGACCUGGAUGCUUCCGAAAAUGGAGUAAAAAAUCGCAAUUGCGGCGUGAUAGAUUACGACUCGGACGACGUCCCAUCCCCGUUGACCGACGAUAGUUCCGCUCGUAGAGUUUACGUCGGGGAACGCUCGCGGGAGCGUAGAUCAUUGACGCGGAAAACCGCAUCGUUGGAGCGGUUUCCUAGAGAGGAGGACGAGGGAUACGAACGAUUCACAGAGCUGACCGAUCAUCGUCAGAAUUUUUUUCAAAGAUUGGAUGGCGACAGGUACUACAGUGUGGAACGUGGACGUGGCUAUCAAAGAGAAUACGCACAGGACUCGGAGAUGGACACGGAUCCCUUCGUGACGUGGAGACCACGGCGAGCCUUACCGCGUGAAUAUUUCAUCGAGAUCAUGGUGGUGGCCGAUGCGAAAAUGGUGGAGUACCACGGCACCGGCUUGGUCAGCUACAUUCUUGUCCUGAUGAGCACGGUUUCACGGAUCUACAAGGAUCAGUCUAUCGGGAAUCCGGUGAGCAUUGCAGUGAUGAAGAUCGUCAAGACCGAGGAAAUAUUUGGUGUCAAGCAUAGCGGCAGCGACGGAAUCGCGGCGGCCGAGAUGUUGAAGCGAUUCUGCCAGUGGCAGAAACGCAACAAUCCCGACGAACCCUCUCCGGAACAUCACGACGCUGCGCUUCUAUUAACCAGAGAAAAUCUGUGUCACAAUCCGCGCCAAAAGCGUUGUGACACUUUGGGCCUGGCCGAGCUGGGGAGAAUGUGCUCGCCUGGAUCUUCGUGCGCUAUCGUGCAGGAUAAUGGAUUGGCCGCGGCGUUUACCAUCGCGCACGAGAUUGGUCACGUGCUCAACAUGCCGCACGACGACGACGUCAAGUGCGCGGGUUUCAGGAACCGUUCGGGUGUCCACAACGUGAUGUCGCGCAUGCUGGACGAUAAUACUUUUCCCUGGGAGUGGUCCAAGUGUUCCCGACACUAUGUCACCGAAUUUCUCGAAGCCGGAUAUGCCAACUGUUUGCUCGACGAGCCCAGCAAGAUGCUGGAGAGACAAAACGGUCGGUUACCCGGCGAAGACUAUUCGGAGAACAAACAGUGCGAGCUCGUCUUCGGGCAAGGAUCCAGAAUCUGUCCUCACAUGGUGAGUGAUGUGUGUAGGAGACUGUGGUGCACCGCGCCACUGUGGGAUCACCAUCAGCAGUGUCACACUCAGCACAUGCCCUGGGCCGACGGCACACCCUGCGGCGCCGAUAAAUGGUGCCAUCGCGGCGAGUGCGUCUCGCGCCAGAACCUCGAGCCGGUGCACGGCCAGUGGGGCGAGUGGGGAAGGUACGGCGAGUGCUCGCGGACCUGCGGCGGCGGCGUCAAGCGGAAGUACCGCGAGUGCGACAAUCCGCCGCCGAAGAACGGCGGAAAUUACUGCAUCGGCGAGCGCGUCAAGUACCGCAGCUGCGGCACCAGAGAGUGCCCGCCAGGUAGUCCAGACUUCAGAGAACAGCAGUGCUCGAAAUUCGACAACAACAACUUUAACAUUCAGAAUCUUGCUAGAGAUGUCAAGUGGCAUGCAAAGUAUACCAGAAUACUGCCGCAGGACCGCUGCAAACUGUACUGUCAAGUGGAGAGCAAUCAGUAUUACAUGUUACGCGACAAAGUGAUCGACGGGACGCCAUGCGGCCCCGACACUUUUCACAUAUGCGUUAACGGCCAGUGCAAGCCCGCUGGAUGCGAUCACGUCUUGAAUUCGACGGCCGAACUCGACACCUGCGGGGUCUGCAGAGGCGACAACGCCACGUGUCAGAGGAUCGCGGGCGCCUACAACGCCAGCGUAUACGGUUACACCAGGGUAGCUAAGAUCCCUGCCGGCAGCAGCUACAUUGACAUUAAACAACACGGAUGGCUGGGCUCUCACAACGACAGUAAUUAUCUCGCGCUGCGGAUUGGCGAGGACGGCGAGUACGUUCUAAACGGGAACUUUAUGGUGAUGCAUCGUAAGGUGAUCGUGCAUCCGGGCGUCACUAUCGAAUACAGCGGACCGGAAUCGAUUGUGGAACGGCUGAACAGUUCCCGGCCCACCGGCAUCGAUUUAAUUUUGGAGAUAUUGUCCGUGGGAAACGUUUAUCCACCGCAAAUCACGUACGAGUAUACCGUGCCGAAAGGAAUUCUAAACAGCUACACGUGGCUGCUCAGCGACUGGUCGACCUGCAACCGGAUGUGCCAGGGUAUGAAGUAUCGUAAGGCCGAGUGUAGGAGCACCGAGCACAAGGACGCGGUGCCCGACGCUUAUUGCAGAAACGAGGAAAAGCCGCAGGAGGAGAAUCAGAUGUGCAACGCGUAUUGUACACUACAAUGGCAAAUAACAUCUAUGUCCGAGUGCUCGAAUCACUGUGGCCCGGGCAUGCGAACCGUCAGCUCGCGAUGCGUCCAAAUUUUGCUGGACUCGUCGCAUCCACCGCGGCCGAUACCGGCGCACGCGUGCCUGCACGUCGAGAAACCGAGCGAGCAUCAGGCGUGCGUAGGUCCUUGCGACGACGCACAUUGGAGUUACAGCGAGUGGAACGCCUGCAGUGUCUCGUGCGGCGGCGGGGUGCAAUUGAGAAGCGCGGUGUGCGUUGAUCCGAAGGACCGGCAGGUGCGGGACGAGAACUGCGCCAGGCAGGAGAAGCAUCUCAAGAGGACGUGCAAUCAAGAGGCCUGUCCGAAGUGGGAUCUAGGAGAGUGGAGUCCGUGCUCCGUGACCUGCGGCAUGGGCAAACGGCACAGAGCCUCCUGGUGCCAGGUCGAGAAUCGCGUGGUAUCGCGCACCUUCUGCAGCGGUAUGCCGAUCGUGACGACGGAGGUCUGCGAUGCCGGUCCCAAAUGUCACAGCUGGGUUGCCGGCGAGUGGAGUCCGUGUUCAGUGACAUGCGGCGAGGGAACGUCGCGAAGGAAAGUCGUUUGCAAGACUGUAGAGGGUGCACCGAGUGACGAAUGUCCCGUUGCUGAGAAACCAGAGACAACGGUUACUUGCACGCUGAAACCAUGUCCUACUGUAGUGAGCCUGCCGCCGACCACUUCAACGAAUCCCCCACGUGAAGAUUCGUUCCCACAAGAAAAUGAAAUUGACAGCAACGGUAUCACGUUCCACUCGGGCUACAAAUGGCACGCAGAAUCGUUCGGAGAGUGCUCGCGAAAGUGCAAUAUAGGAUACAGAAGCAGGAUAGUGAGAUGUGUAUCCUCGGAAACCGGGCUGGUUGUGCCUGAAUAUUAUUGCGACUCCAAUCAACCGAUCGCCAAGAUCGCGUGCAAUCGUCACCCGUGCCCGUCUUGGAAUACCGGUGAUUGGAGCGAGUGCGACGCAACGGAUUGCGGUAACGGAUUCCAGUAUCGUCAAGUCCGCUGUCAAAGUCAUCGCGGUGAAAUUCUACCACACAAGGAGUGUAGUGACGAACAACCGAAACACAUCAGGAGAUGUCAGAAAGAAUCUUGCAGAAGUCCUAAAAGCAGCAGGGAGAACAGUCUGGAGUCUAACAUCGUUCGCAGAUGGAGAAUGUCUAGUUGGACUCCGUGCUCGAAAUCGUGCGGCACCGGGAUUCAAACGCGCAGAGUGGAAUGCACGAUGAGAAGAGGCAACCAUGGGCCGGAAGUACCCGUUAAGGACGAGCAGUGCUUGAGAUCGAAAGCGCGCAAACCGAAAUCGCAGAGAAUAUGCCAGCGCGUUGCCUGCGAUUUUAUCUGGCAAGAGGGCACCUGGUCGGAGUGUUCGGCGGAAUGCGGCGAGGGAAUACAACAUCGUGCAGUCACUUGCCAUCGAGUAAAUCGUUACGGAUGGAUCGACCCAACUCAAACGGACGGUUGCCCGAUGGAUCAAAAGCCGGUCGGCGAACAGAUUUGUAAACUGCGCGAGUGCAGCGAUAAAUAUUAUUGGACUGCUGGCACUUGGAGAAAAUGUAGCCAUCCUUGCGGACGCAAAGGUCGGCAGAUCCGCAGACUUUAUUGCCACGACGCAUUCGAUGGCAAGAAAGUAGCGCGGUUCCACUGUCCAGCUGAAUACAAACCGCAGCGUAAACGUAAGUGCAAUCAAAGGAGAUGCGGCCCGGUCAGCUGUCUCGAAAUCCAGAAACGACUCAAAGCCACCGCGGACGGCGAAUAUCCGUUGUUAAUUGGCGGUAGAAACAUGACUGUUUAUUGUCACGGAAUGUCGAGCGCCGAGCCGCGGGAGUACCUGACUUUGCCGGCCGGCGACAGCGAGAACUACGCGGAAAUCUACGACAAGAGAUUAAGGAACCCAAACACGUGUCCGUUCAAUGGUCAGAGAAAUGACAGUUGCAACUGCGUGUCCGAAUUGGGAACGGUGUCCGGCAGAACGAUGUUCAAGAGGGUGCGCAUAGAUCCGGCGAAGCUCUACAUUAUAGCGAACGAUUACACGUUUUCGUGGACGAAAGGGAUGCAGCGCGUGGAGUAUGGCAAAGCCGGCGAUUGCUACAGCCUCAUCGAGUGUCCACAAGGACGUUUCAGCAUCAAUCUGAGAGGAACCGCCUUGGGAUUAUCGCCAGAAAUUACCUGGGUGAAGGAAACCUCGAGCGCUUCUCUCGCAAUCAAUAGAAUUAAUAAUCAACGAAUCGUCGGUAAAUGCGGCGGUUAUUGCGGCUUCUGCAAGCCGAGGACGGGCCUAAAGCUGGACGUAUUACCUCCCUAGUCACAGCCAUCAAUCUUUGGUACUUACAUCUAUAUCUGUCCUAUGAUCCCGCGACUGCGAAUCGCGGUGUCAUAACCACCGAUUUGCUUUAAAUUCGAUUAGUUUCUAGUAGCUCCCGGAAAGAAGUCUAUAUACAUAUAUAUAUUUUUCCCCAAUAUACGUAUAUUGGAGAUCGAGCGAUACCGAAACUCGUGGACCCCGGCGACCGAUAUAGCGGAAUGCACAUGACACGAUGUACAAUCUAUCACUGCCGUCACGCAUGUGCGAUUAUUACAGAUUAUGAGCUACGAUUACGUGUGUAGUAGAAAGUGUGUGUCUCUAUGCAAAAACCUAGAAAGUUCGCAACUAGAAAAAAGAAUGAAAGGUAAGCGAUCAUUAUUCUAAAGUGAAUAUUUUUUUGUAAUUGCGAGGCGUUUCCUCGCCAUCGAAUUUCCAGCAGGCGUAAUCGAUCGAUAUCGAAAUAGUAAUCGUCGUAUGCAUUUCAUAUACAAACCUAAAGUAAUCGACAAUAUGGCAUUGUAUUCUACGAACACCUCACGAUUAAUAUUAAUGCUCUCUUUCGAUGAUCUUACGAUCCUACAGUUUGCUCUUAUCGUGUUGCACUGCCGUUUUUCUACAUCUGUCCCAUCGAUUUUAAAAGGGGAAGAGACGUUAAGGGGGGGAAUUCGAUGUCUUAUUUUUAAUUUUUAAUGAUAAAAUAUCGAUGUAGAGUUUAUGUAAGUCUAAUUGAGAUGAGUACCUUGCUUAACAUCUUGGUACUAGAACAAUUAACGACAAUCUGUAGCUUCCAGAUAGGAAUGUAUAUUCAGAGUUGACGGCUUUCGCGCAAGUUGGACGUUUCGUUACGGCGUUUCUCCGCUUGCGACGAGACGUAGAAACAAACUCUCGUAAAAUGAUUGAUUAAACAAGCUGUAGGAUAUUAUUUUUCCUUCUUACUUCGCAUCGCGCGCGAAUAUAGGAAAGUAUCGUCCGUUUUAUCUCGAAGGUAUCGCAAUAACAUUAAUAGAAAACGUAGGCGUGUGUAAAAUGAAUAAAUCUCUACUAGUAAGGUUCACAGCGCGUACGCUGUGUAAAGUAGUUCGAAAAUGGAUGCACUGCAUUUAUUAAUGAUAUCUAUACCCGAUAUACUUUCGUUCUCGCUUCUAAAAAGAAAAAAAGCGUCAUGUAGGACGUCACGGGGAAUAGUUUUGCAAACUGUCUCUACUUAGAACAUUGAUGCUAUUUCUUCCUUAAUGUAGAAUUGCCUUGCGACUCAUUUCUUGUUGCUUGGCAAACAUAUUUUUUGACAAAUGAAUGCACAUUCGAAGAUAUUUACUGAGGUCCAUUCCUUCUCUUUUACGAGAAAAAUAAAGUAUUGAUCCUUUCGUUAAGGAGGAUUCGGCUUCAAGUUGAUCGAAAUGAAGUUUGCGAAACUUAUAUUCAAGGACGUUCCGCAUUUAUUCGCGAAACUCGAACGAAAGAAGAGCAAAUCAAAAUCGAGAUCAAGAGAGCAAAAUCCAUUUUCUAGCUACGUCACGCGCAAUAUCGUAUUACUGAAGCAGAUCCACGAAAAUUUGUACAAAAGCCAAUAAUAUUUAUACUAUGAAGUAGUAGUAAAGCCUAAGGAGUUUUCAUCGCACCGCGCCAACUUAGGGACGACGUCGACGCGUGAACGCGGUGACGAUUAGUUUUCCUUUUUUUUUUUUACAUUACCAACCAACCAACAAGAUUGGUCAGUACAAUAAAACGCCCUUUCCCUAACGAUCGCGACACUCGCGUCAUUAGAUGUGAACGUUAGAGUGCCCACAGUUCGCUGGACGCUUUGGCCUUUAACUCGGACGCCUGUUAGCUAUAUAAAUACGCGUAUUUCGACAGACUGCCAUAGUUAAUGUUAUUAUAUGGUAUAUGUAUAUGUAAUUUAAGUUAUAAUCCGCUUAAGCGUGUAGCGUUAAGUGCAGUAUAAUCUGCCAGUCUCUUGGCCACGUUGUAGCAUAAUAAGAUUUGACGAGGAUGGAGAGUAGCGCGAAUCUGUCUCGUAAGGCGCGAGCAGGAACGGCGUCUCCCUCAAGAUAAGCAUUUCCGAAGCAGUGCCGAAAUUAACGUGUGACGUUAGUCGCGACAGUUUCGAGGAAAAAAACUCUAUGUGUAAAGGAACGCGAUGUUUACUUAAUUCUUGUAUUAACAUUAGCAAAGUUAGUGGCGGACGGUGCUCGGCAGAUCGACUGCUACGUGCUCUACGGAUUGCACCGCGUGCAAUCGUCAAAGGCGGAGGCAUUAUUUAACGGCGACGUUGUCCCUCGCAUAUGCCCUAAGUGCGUCUCGUGCCGAAUUUUACACUACGAGGCACCCACGAUGCCGCCCAGCAGCACCCUCGAACUCGACUUUGCGGACGAUGUAACUGCCGCAGGGCCAAUUUAGCGCGGAGAAGGGCACGUUCGCUGUGCCGCGAACUUACAUAUCUAAUAUAUCGCAGGCAGCUAUAAUUGGUCGGUUGUUGCUCGAUAAUUAAAAGCACGUGUGAGAAUCCGUUGUUUUACAAUUCCAUCGCCGGCAACGUGUCACGUACAAUGUGUACAUUAAACGUCAGUAAGUGUUCUAAUGCCUGUUAGAUGGGCGUCUUUGCAACGCAACUCCUCUAUCGUGAUAUACAGAGUCCCAGGAUUACAUUCUUUUAAUUAUAGAUUUUUUGAUUGAUUCGCUGUUAUUUCACUCUCGACGAAAAUAUUUUAACCAUUGAAGAUAAAAGAUUUGUAGCGAAUUAAGUUUCACGAGAGAAAAUAAAUGAUAAACUGAUAUUUUUUUUAAUUAAAAAUUUAAACAGGCUAUCUUCGAUCGAAUUUUUUUUUUUAAUUUAGUUGCAUGAAGAUAUUAAAAAUGGGAAAGAAAUAACGGGCAAUUGUGUGUUACUACCUCUCAAUAAUUUUAUUAAAUCGCUUUCGAGUUAGCCUGAAGGACUAUUGGAAAAAACAUGUGACGCUUCUGUCUGUAUAUCAUGAUAGGCUUGUAUUAAAGUAAUGAAAAAAAAAAACAUCGGAUAUAACAAUAAUAUAAUUAUGGACAUCCGCCUUUUAUAUGUGUUUUUUUAUCGUAAUCCGUAGAUAUAGAUCGAUAUAAUAGAAUCGUUUUAUUGAUAUAGGCAUAAUUUCAAAGACUCCCUUCGGUGUAAAAGCGAUCUUUUUAACUGUCAGUUGGGACAAAACCUGGUACAAUGAAAACUCAUCUAUACAUAUCUGGAAAUGACUUAUUACAUCUAAAUGAUUUGUGAUGUACAACAUCAAGAAAGUACUCCCUUAGCGAACUGUAUAGACGUUUACGUACAUGCCAACGUCUACAGUGCACGUACGCAUAUAAUGAUUUCGCUAUAGCCUUUUCAGUAAUUAUAAUCCUCACUCUCUCUACUGCCAGCCCCAAGUAUUUCUUUACAUACACGGCAAUUGUACAUUUUAUAUAAAUUUUUAACAAAUCACGAGAUAUACAUAUAUUUUUGUUUUUAUUUUAUUUUAUAACACAAAGGUAGUUGUCGAGAAAGUCAGUAUACCGGCUUCUUUUUGCAAUGUGACGUGUGAUCGUAAAGAUUUUAUGUGAACCAGUGUAUGUCCGAAUAAAAUAUGAAAUAUCUUGUAAA